GAGUUUGAGAAAAAGAAAAAAAAAAUCCAAAGAAAGUCGACGGUGAACCCUUCCCCCUCUUGGCCGCCUUCUCCCCGAGAUGCACCCGCCAUUGACGCUCCGUUGAUCUCUCCUGUUCGAUAUUGAAACACUUCUGUUCGAUUUUACGAAAAUCAGAAGCAUUUGCUUCCUUUGCAGUUCCAAAUCGAAAUCUCCCUCUUCUGAUUCCAUGGCUGUUUGGCGUAUAAUCACUCGGUCGUACCUCAAGUACGCGUCAACACAACUAACCAGGAACUACACUCAAUCCUGUCUUGCUACCUCUCUCACUCAUGUCGUGAAGCAGACAAAGUUGUCUUCUUUCGACAUCCCUCAUUCAGACAUCUCUAGAAAGCCUUCUAAACUCUUUGAUAAUGUCAGGUUGUUUGCCACGUCAGCUCAGACAAGGAAGAAGGAGGAGGAAGUUGAAUCUGAUGGUCCACGUCUCAAUGACAAGAUUACUGCCGAGACUGUUAGAUUGGUUUCAGAGGAAGGACACUGCAUUGUAUCAUUGAAGGAAGCUCUCAGACGGGCUAAGGAGCUCAAGCAUGACUUAAUUGAGGUCCAGAGAGAUGCUAACCCACCAGUGUGUAAAAUUGCAGACUACGCCCAUGAGAAGUACAAAAAGGCUCAAGUAGGAAAGGAGCGUGCUAAGGCCAAGAGGGCUGAAGUAACCAUUCGACCUGAGGUCAAGGAAAUUCGAUUUACUCCAAAGAUUGAUGCAAAGGACUUAAAGUUCAAAGCAAAGCAAGCAUUGAAACUGAUGGAAAGCGGAUAUCGUGUGAAGUGCCAUGCAGUUCCUGACAAGGACAAGAAGAAGGAGCUUGAACCAGAGAAGCUGCUUGAGUUAUUAUCUCGCUUCACUUGUUAUAUCAAAGACGCACUUGUAGAGUUUGGGCCAGAGGCGGAUAAAUGUAACGCUGUUGUGGUAGUUAGACACGCCAAGUUUGGACCGCCCAAGAAAGGAAAGGCGAUAAAACUCAAGGAGAUGAACAUAAAAACUGCAGCAAAAAUAAAAGACGAUUCACCAAAGCUUGACAGUUCAGAAGCUGAUGAUGAUCAGGGAGUAGUUAUAGAGGAGACACCAGAACCAGUUAAAAUCCAGAACAGGUAUGCAAAAAGUGAACCGAGCAAUGACUUCUCAGGAGGUAGAGAUGCAAAACGGGUUGAACCCCAGGCUCCAGAACGUCCUCGGUUCCAAAACCAACAACCCAAUGGGCGGUUCGAUCCUCAGUCUCCAAACCAGCCUCCAGGUCCACCACGGCCUCGGUUCCCAAACCAACAACCUGCUGGGAGGUUUGAUCCUCAGUCUCCUAGUCCAACACAGCCUCGGUUCCCAAACCAACAACAUGCUGAGCGGUUGGAUGCUCAGUCUCCAAGCCAGCCUCCAAGUCCACAACGGCCUCGGUUCCCAGACCGAGGUCCAAAUCAGCAACCCUCUGGGCCGUCUCCAGACAGCCACCUUGACCGGCAAGGUCCUCCACCUCGAUUCCAAAACCAGUAUCCAAAUCAACAAGCUACUGGUCGGUUUGGAGUCCAGCCACCAAAGCCGCCGCCCCGAUCACCACCACCACCACGUCCACCAACCCGGUUGCCAAAUGAAACUUCGAACCAACAACCUACAGGCCCUGGAAGAGCUACUGGUGAGGCUCCAAGUUAUGGGAUCUUCAGCACCCCAAAUACGAAGUAGGACCAGCCUAUUUAAAAGAAACCCGUAGGAUUUGAGUCUUUGUGAUGCUUUUCUUGGGACUCAUUAUUUUAUGUAUAACUAAUAGUCCAAUAAUGCCUGCAUACACUUGUAACUCUCAUUCAAUUGUUUUGGUCUCCACUCGAUAAUUUUUGAACAAAAAAGCUUGGAAACCAUUUAUUCCAUACAAAAUAAAAUUGAGGUAAUUCUAGGGGUGGGCACACUUUUUACCCGCCUGGCUACUUGAUCGAUACAA